AUGCUGUUUCAGGACAUGAGCCUAGAACAAGUCGGCGUGAUCGUUCGAAGCAGUCCACCUGACACCGACCUCUGCACACUCUACCUCAACUCGGUCACGACUCCACACAACUAUGGCCGCAUCUCCUCGUCACCAACACCUGGUUUUGCCGUGGGCGUUGGGUCUAUAGGCGAGAACCUAUUACCUUACGAGGAAUGGGACAAAUUUACCAGCACAGACGCCAGCGUUAUGUGGAAGAUGGCCCAACGAGACGCGCACAAGUAUGGGUUUGGCGACAAGGGGAGCAUCCCGGCGGUGGUGAAUGACAAGGAUGGGACGGACAAUGUGCGGCAUUCUCUCGACCUGGGUGAAUCAUGGUUCCUGCUCCAGGGGCAAGUGGCGCGGAAAGACCAAACAAAGAAUAUAGGACGCGUCGUCAUUAUCCAAGUAGACUUUUCCGAGGAAACACAAGUGUGGGGAGGGAGCUAUGCUCGCAGUUCUAAGGCAGAGUCACACGGUUCGUUUCUUGUACCGUGUGUGGUUUUAGCUAAGUAUUCUCGUAGCAAUGGUAUGAACCCCGAAAACCGGACACGGAUUGCUAUGUUGACAACAAGGAUAAUUAUCAGUGUACGGGGGAGGAUUACAAGUGUGAUUACACUGUUCAAAACAAAAUUGCGUUCUGUUCGGCCAGAGUCGAUUCCUGCUGACAUAUAUACUGGACAGCCUGACCAGACGUACAAGGGCUCCUUUGGAUAG